CCACAGGUUUCCGGCCAUCUGCGGUGGCUUCUGGUUCGGCAGGGGCUCCUGCCUUAGGAAGGGCCCCUGGCUCUACUGCCAUGGGAGUUGUCCGUCCAUCAUGUUGCGUCACCGGUGGUGGCUGAGCUGAGAUUCCUGCGUCUUGGGGAGAGCAUGUAUAAAAGGGAUGGCCUCAUGGCCAAUGUGACGGUGACCUCCGCCACUCCAGAGGGUAGUAGCAGCUCUGACUCUCUGGAGGGACGGAGCUCGGACUAUGCCAAUAAAAGCUAUGAUGCGGUUGUAUUUGACGUAUUGAAAGUAACUCCUGAGGAGUUUGCUAGCCAGAUUACAUUAAUGGAUAUGCCAGUAUUUAAAGCUAUACAGCCAGAGGAACUAGCAAGCUGUGGAUGGAAUAAGAAGGAGAAACACAUCCUUGCCCCUAAUAUUGUUGCCUUUACCAGGAGGUUUAACCAGGUUAGUUUCUGGGUUGUACGAGAAAUUUUAACAGCACAAACCUUAAAAAUAAGGGCAGAAAUAUUGAGCCAUUUUGUGAAAAUAGCUAAGAAACUUCUAGAACUGAACAACCUUCACUCCCUCAUGUCUGUGGUAUCCGCGUUACAAAGUGCACCUAUUUUCAGGCUGACAAAAACCUGGGCUCUUCUGAAUCGCAAAGACAAGGCCACCUUUGAGAAGUUGGACUACUUACUGUCUAAGGAAGAUAAUUAUAAGAGGACACGGGAAUACAUCAGAAGCUUAAAGAUGGUCCCUACUAUUCCCUAUUUAGGAAUUUAUCUCUUGGACUUAAUCUACAUUGAUUCUGCAUAUCCUGCCUCAGGCAGCAUCAUGGAGAAUGAACAAAGAUCCAAUCAAAUGAACAAUAUCCUUCGAAUAAUAGCUGAUUUGCAAGUCUCCUGUAACUAUGAUCACCUCACAACAUUACCCCAUGUGCAAAAGUAUUUAAAGUCUGUUCGCUACAUUGAAGAACUUCAAAAGUUUGUUGAAGAUGACAACUACAAAUUGUCCUUAAGAAUUGAACCGGGAAACAGUUCUCCUCGACUGGUCUCCUCCAAGGAAGAUCUUGCAGGCCCAUUAGAGGUGUCAGCAACCAUGAGGUUCAACAGAAGACCAACUUGUCCUGAUGCCUCUGUGAUGGCUUCUCUCUUAUCCCCCUUUCCCGUUCCUAGACAUUCACAGUCUCAUUCACAUUUUUUUCUCUUCCAAUUUUCCAGUAUGAUGUGUCAGUUCAGCGUAGUGGAAAGUAAAAGCGCGACGUUCCCGACAGAGAAACCUCGCCACCUGCUGGACGACAGCGUCCUUGAGUCCCACAGCCCUGUCCGAAACCACACGCUGAACUCGGUUUUCACCAAUGGCAUUUCCAUAGGUAGUAGUGAAAGCUCAGAAUUUAGUGAGGAGCUGUCUUCAGGGCUUGAAAGGGGUCGGCUGUACGCCACGCUGGGGCCCAACUGGCGGGUACCGAUUCGGAGUUCUCCGCGAAGUCGAAGCUGUGUCUACAGCCCAACAGGAGCCUGCAGCUGCACGAUAGGGACUUCCACAGGGGUCAUUACCAUGGAAGGGCCGUUGAAGAGGAAAACUUUGCUGAAAGAAGGCAAGAAACCUACUCUCUCCUCAUGGACUAGAUACUGGGUUACACUCUCAGGAUCAACCCUUCUUUACUUCGGAGCAAAGUCAUUAAGAGGCACAGAAAGAAAACAUUAUAAAUCUACCCCUGGUAAAAAAGUCUCUAUUGUGGGCUGGAUGGUGGCCCUGCCUGAUGAUCCUGAACACCCGGAUAUUUUCCAGCUCAACAACCCUGAUAAAGGCAAUGUUUACAAAUUUCAGACUGGUUCAAGGUUUCAUGCAAUACUGUGGCACAAGCAUUUGGAUGAUGCCUGCAAAAGCAACAGGCCUCAGGUACCUGCCAACCUUAUGUCAUUCGAGUAACUCGCUCUGGUCUGUUGUGCGACGUCAAGUGCCAAACUGCAGGAGGGGAUGGUCGUUCUGUGAGGUGGCGGCAGUCCCUGAAGUGAGCCAGCUGCCCGUUCUGCACUUUCCUAUGUAACUUGAAAGGGAUUUGGACACAGCUUUUACAAGCAGAGGAAGUGAAUGUUGUCCUUAGGACCAGAUAUAGUCUCAUGCACUGAACAGAAGUAGAGUUUAGACAGACUGAAGAUAAGUCCUGAUUUGAGGACCCUCGAGCCCUUGACUUUAACCCUGUGGUCACAGACUGCCCUGGACUAAUGUUUGACCACAGACUGUGCAUCACAUCUUCUGCCUAUUCUUUUUUUAGACUGUUCUUUUUAUUGUUGAGCUGCUUUAUGUGACUGAAGAACAUUUAGCCCAUGUUGGGUUUCCAAUUCUUUCUAAUGCACAAAACGAUUGACAGUGUUAACUUGCUGCAAAGUGUCAAUUAGAAUAGAACAUUGUGAAACAACAUUUUUAUAACCUAAGUGCACUGAGUUGCUUGGCAAUGUGGCUGCCUCAAAUUUUGUAUCAAAUCUCUGGACGAUUCUGCUGUUCACAUUUGACCUAUUUGGGAAAUGUGUAUUUUGGCACAGGAUAAUCGACUAAACCUAGUGUUUCUUUUGUUUGAUUGUGCUGCUUUUAAGUAUAAUUUUGAGGAAUGCCCAGACAAGUGAUGGGUCCACUGCUAUUUAAAUUCACUUUGUGUUGAAGCCUUUCCUGGGCUUUCUUACUAGUGCUGUAAUUGCCUGCAGAUGUGUUUUGCUUCCUUUUAUUCUGGUGCUGUUCAUCUGAAGUCUCUAGUUCCAGGGAUGCAGCAGUUCAAGUCUUCUGAAUUGCGUGGUACUAAGCAUUCCCCCGGGGGAUGCCCCCAUCUCCACACUGACACCGUGUCAGUGGCGUGCAGACCCCAGGCAGUGGUACCUGUUGUCAUGAAGCCCUCUGAUCUUCUGAAAGGAUGAUGGAGAUGAGAGCGAAGCAGGGCAGAGGGACAGUGAAGCAGCUGCCAGGGUGUGGAGUCCCCCAAGCCAGUGUCCUGAAAAGAGAAAGUAAACUGAAAUUCUCAAGAGCCUUCUUUCCUAGAAAAACCCUCCUCACAUCAGGGCUUUCCCCGCAUGUGCCGGACACUUGCCUGCUGGUCAGAGCCUUCUGCUGUUUCCACUUAGAGCUCAGCCCGUUUUCCAACACUUGCCAUUUCUGCUGCAGGAAGUAAGUGUUCAGGCCUCGCUGAACAGGGACCAAGGUAAAAGUCAUUGCACAAAUCCUCCAUCCUGCACUUGGCUGGGCUCCCAAAUGUUCCUGAUCCCUGGUGCCCCGCAGCUCCCCGUGCACGGGCUGAAAUUGUGGGUUGGGUGGGAGAACCUUGAAAGCCACCAUCAUCACCUUGUAAUCCAUGGGCAAUCGGAGGUAAUCCUGGGUGAACAAAGCCCAGUGUUAAAACAAAUGCUGUGUCUCGGGGUUACUCUACUGAUAUCACUCAAUCAUGAUUUUUUGGCAGCUUUUUAUUUUAAAUGUGCUUCUCUUACAAACAUCGUAUUUAUAACGUUGCAUUUCAGGAUGUCUGUUGACUAUAAAGUAUUAUUUUGUUUUAACUGACAGCAUUAUCAUCCUGAGAAUUAAACAUACCUGACCAGCUUUUGAAGAAAAGCGGCUCCCAGUAGCUCCUGUGUGGACAGAUAGGAUGGGUGUAAGGACUCGCGCAGAUCUGGGCAUAAGUAAUCUAUGAGGCUUCAAGAGAUGCCAGAGCUGGAGGAGUGACAAAAACAUUAGGUUUUUGCCAUUUCAGAAACUCUCUGUGAGAGAGAGCUAACCCAGCAGCUGCUGUCCACCCAAGAGUAGGGCUACCGACAAAGUAAGGUCUAACAGAAGAUUUUUAAGGAGACGAGGGUGAGGCCCUGUCCCGAGCGUGUCACUACUGAUGGACCAUUCGUGAAUUAUUCUCCUAGACAAAGAUGUGUGGAUGGCUGCAGUGAGCGAUGCAUUAGAACUGUUCAUGAGCACGCAGGCAGCGAAAGCGAAGCGGAAUAUAUUUGUACGGGGUGUGCGCUGACGUAUCAGACACAUCUGAGAAAUCGGCAGCGUUCUGCGACUGCACUGUUAUCAUGUUUAGUUCUGUCUUAAACCCAGAACCUUAAGACUAGGGUCAGAAAUGACACACAAACCAGUGUAAGUGAUCAGAAACCGGUUCAGAUCUGUAACAGCAGAAGUUCAGUGCACAUAAACCGCUUUCAAAAUGGCUGAAACUGGUUUAAGAUAAACCUGGAUGUAUGUAGUGUCAGAUUUAACUGAUUUAGGUUAACUCGGUUUAUUGACCUUCUGUCCCAGAUCCCCUCCAGAUUCAAGUUAACUCACCGUCUGCCAGCAUCCCAGGUUGCUUUGCCCCUUCCCAGCAAACCCUCCCUUGCAGGGCGGGCGGGCUAGCCUUGGCCCAGUCUGCUUGCUUCAGCCCAGCAGGGAGGUGUGCUUUGGCACCCCCAGCUUCUGGCCGGGGCCACAGCAGCGCGUGGCUGCAUUUCCACAAUCCAAAGUGAAUGUCUGUUCACCUGCUUAUCAGUUCAACCCGUGGAGCUUUGACUAACCUGCAAAGAUUGAUUCUAUUCCAUUUCAGGCUUCUUGACUGUCUGUACUUAGCCUAAAGAUCUUCACCCUUCGCUAACUCACCACCCGCUAGUAAAACAAAGCUGUCCGUGACCCUGACCUGUCCUUGCAUUGCUGGAAUUAAGGCAGAUCCAGAACGUAAUGCUACAUGGAGCUUGGUGGCUUCUUCUCAGCUGUGUUUAAAUACAGUACCUCUUCCCUUUUGCAUAGUAAACAUGGGUCUUAACUAUCCUAGAGGAUGUCAUUUUGCUAAAGGCUUUUGGAGCUUCUGGGAUUACAGUGAGGAGAGGUCCACCCAGUACAAUGGCUUUGGAAGGUGGGUUAUAAAGAACCAAACGGUUCUCUUGAAUAAAUAGCCAUUCGGUGAUCAGAGGCAAUGAAAGCUGCUUGUGACAUAAUGCAAAACUCAAAGAGCGACCGAUAAAUGCAUAGCCAGCAGUCAACUCCUACAAGACUGGUACUUCCAGGCUGCCUAAUAAAAGAGUGUGUAGAAGGAUGAGGACAGCAGACAUGUAGAUAAACUCUCCCCUCAAGCAACCAGGAUUAAAAUACACAUUACCCAUAGAAACAACAUGCGCAAACAGGAGUUGUAACAUUAGCCUUUUGAAGCCAGCAAAUUCUAAUGGCUCAGCAUGGGUUCAGAAACCAGCUUGCACAGAAGGGAUAUGAUAUUAAUGCAUGGAUGAGACCCUGACGGCUAAACCCACCCUGUCCUGAUCUUUUACCCUAAUGUAGGCAAUGCCCCUGUGCAGGUUCCUGGUUCACAAACGAUACAGAAAUCCUUGCCGUAAGCAUCUGACACAUGCUCAAGUGCCACACUGAAAAGAGACCAGUUUGGUCGCUGUUAGGGCGUUCAGAGAGGACAUGCCUUGCAGGACACUGUGAUCAUUGUGAUGUGGCUGCCCGCUGUCUGACGAGGUAAAAAGGUUCACAGUGGUAUGAUGCUACAGGAAUGUUAAUGGUAGCCUGUCCAGGCUCCAAUGAAUUCUUAUUAAAUAUAAAUAAAGUAUUAGUGCUAUAAUUAGCUACUGUUUUUUUUUUUCUUUUUAGUGCUCAGUAUCUGGCACCCUUACUGUGAAUUGAAAGCUGCCACUGAAGUAAUAGGCAUUGGUACUGGUCAAAAUAUCACCGCUAUGAAAGGGUAUCACAAACCAGGCAAGUGGCAUCAAUCAAACAAGGAAGCUGCAGAAGUUGUGCAGAAAAUGGACCUUGGUAGCCAUUUUUGAGGUUGAAUACGUUCAGAUGGAAUAUAUAUAGGCAAUAUUAUUUAUUAAUUUAUUAGUGUGUGUACUUUAAAGUAAUUUAGUGCCAAAAUGCGUGUUUUCUGAAUAGCACUCAAUUGAGGCAUAGGCAGUAGUUUUCAAAUGAUGAUCUCUUUGUCACAUUACAUAGUAAAUCAAUUUCUAUAUUUCAGUUUGUUUCGUGUGAAACCUGUUGCACUAUUUUUGGCCGUAUUUUCCAGCAGCCCACUGCAUGCCAUUUGUGUAAGGACUAUUUCUAUAAAUCUUGUGAAUUGUCUCACCCAUAAUAACCACUGAACUUUUAACCCUUGUGUGGGAGUCUUUAGGUUUUUGGCAAAGUAUUUUGUUACCUCAGUCUUGUAUCAAGUUGCUGUAUUUUUCAGCUUGUUACAUUGAUAAUGAUUGUUUCACUAAUUAAAUACUUUAAUGUAAAAAAAAAAAAAAAAAAGAAGUUGUUUGCUUUGAUGGAC